AUGGAUAAUGAACAAGAAUGUCUAGUCGAUAAUGUAGUGGAAUGUAUAGUAAAUGAUGCCCAAAUUGAGUACCCAACUAAUACAUUUGAGUUAGCGUUAAUUUUGCUCAAAUUGCUGCAUUCCGGCGGUAUUAAGUUGGACCUUCCUCUUGAAAUCCUGAAGUUGCGUAAAUUACUUAUAAAUUCUUUCCCAGAUUACGCCAAAACACACCUUCUUUACCUCGUAAGGUAUAGGAAUUUUUACAAAUUAUUGCAAUUCUUAUCGUGUAAUGAGAAACCACUAAAUUAUACCGAAUUCUUUAAACUUAAGACAAAGUGCUACAAUAAUAUACAGGAUACUCUCAUAAAACACAAGUAUGAGCAGUUGUACAACAAAGAAUUCAAUACUAAUAACAAUUUCAUUAACGACAUGACCAACGAAUCGUACCACUUUCUCAAUGUUACGCAACCAUGCAUCGAUAUAAAACUGUCAAAAGGCAUAUUUUACGUGACUAAAAUACACGGAGAGGCCAUUACUAUUUUGCUUGAGUCUUAUGAUGGAUUGUACAGCAAAAUUGACACAAAUUACAUCGCAAAUUCGCAACUAGUUGGCACGAUGGUAAAUCAAUUAAAUCACUCACCAUCUAAUACAACAAGUAAAAUUCUAUGUGAUGAUGUACAAGAAAGUUUCAUUGAUCAGUUUAAUUCUAUGGGAAACAAAAUUGAUUUUAAGAGUUCAAAACUUAAGGAUCAAAUUGUAGAGAUGAUAAAUAAGCCUACAAUGAACACUAGAGUGUUUUCCAAGUACUACAAGAACAUAAUGGGCAAAUCUAUAAGACAAAUGUGUCCAUAUGGUACCCUAAGGGAGUGUAAAAUUCAGAAUGCUAGAAAUGUCCAGUUAAUGGACACAUCUCAAAUUUCCUUCUGUAAAAACGCUCAUUAUAGGCCAAUAAUUCUCCCACAUACUGAUAAGAAAAUAGGCGCUUGCUCAUAUUUGGAUACAUGUAGACACAUUGAGAAUUGUCGUUUUGUACACUAUGAAAUAGUGAUGCCAAACUUCUCAAAAUCCAUUAUCAAUGGCCCAAAUGAUGAGUUUGCCAUUGGACAUAUUUACCAAUUGCCAACGAUAAAAAUACCCCCCCAGUGGAUAAAUUGUGACGUGCGUAAGAUUGAUUUUAGAAUUUUUAACCCGUAUGUCAAGGUAAUAAUGGCGGAUCCACCAUGGGAUAUCCACAUGGAUCUGCCAUAUGGUACGUUGAAGGAUUCUGAAAUGAAGGAAUUACAGCUAAAGGAUGUGCAAGAUGAGGGUUUGUUGUUUCUUUGGGUUACUGGCAGGUCUAUGGAACUGGCCCGUGAAUGUAUGGAUAUUUGGGGGUACAAAAGAGUAGAGGAGAUUUUGUGGAUCAAGAUAAACCAAUUGCAGCGUCUAGUACGCACAGGUCGUACUGGUCAUUGGAUUAAUCAUUCAAAAGAGCAUUGUCUUGUGGGUAUCAAAGGCAACCCGAAUUUAAAUCGCAACAUUGACUGUGAUGUAAUACUUUCAGAAGUGAGGGAAACUUCUAGAAAGCCCGAUGAGAUAUACAGGAUAAUUGAAAGGAUGUGUCCAAAUGAUCUCAAACUGGAGAUUUUUGGUAGGCACCAUAACACACGCAACAAUUGGAUCACCCUAGGUAAUCAAUUGAAUGGCAUUAAUAUCAUCCAUCCAGAGAUUAAGGAAAGGCUCAAAACAACCUCAAUUAUAUAA